GGCCGGCGCUGAAUGAGAGACGCCGACUGCUCUGGUCGCCGAGCGCUAGCCUAGGCGGCGGCGGCGGCGGCAAAGCGGCGGAGCGGGAGGCCGGCGCCGUCUUUCCAUCCUCCGAGGCGUCUGCCGCGGCUGCACAGUUUGGACUUGUGGAUAUAUUUUUCUGUAGGUCUGUGUCGUUCAGAUCCUGCCACUUAAAGAUGUGGGUACAGGGGGAUAAUAAUGUAUCUGUGGCCUUGGACGUGAAGCAAGCCAUCUUCUGUUGCUGUUAAACUGCGUCAGGGACUGAUGUUGUGGGAAGCAUGGACCUAAUGAACGGGCAGGCAAGCAGUGUUCAUGCUGCUGCUGCUUCCGAGAAAAGUAGCAGUUCUGAAUCAUUAAGUGACAAAGGUUCUGAAUUGAAGAAAAGCUUUGAUGCUGUGGUAUUUGACGUUCUUAAGGUUACACCAGAAGAAUAUGCGGGUCAGAUAACGCUAAUGGAUGUUCCAGUAUUUAAAGCCAUUCAACCAGAUGAGCUUUCAAGUUGUGGAUGGAAUAAGAAAGAAAAAUAUAGUUCUGCACCAAAUGCAGUUGCCUUCACAAGAAGAUUUAAUCAUGUAAGCUUUUGGGUUGUUAGAGAGAUUCUUCAUGCUCAAACAUUGAAAAUCAGAGCAGAAGUUUUGAGCCACUAUAUUAAAACUGCUAAGAAACUUUACGAGCUGAAUAAUCUUCAUGCGCUUAUGGCAGUGGUUUCUGGCCUACAGAGUGCCCCAAUUUUCAGGCUGACUAAAACAUGGGCGUUAUUAAGUCGAAAAGACAAAACUACCUUUGAAAAAUUAGAAUAUGUAAUGAGUAAAGAAGAUAACUACAAAAGACUCAGAGACUAUAUAAGUAGCUUAAAGAUGACACCUUGCAUUCCCUAUUUAGGUAUCUAUCUGUCAGAUUUAACAUACAUUGAUUCAGCGUACCCAUCAACGGGCAGCAUUCUAGAAAAUGAGCAAAGAUCAAAUUUAAUGAAUAACAUCCUUCGCAUAAUUUCUGAUUUACAGCAGUCCUGUGAAUAUGAUAUCCCCAUGUUGCCUCACGUCCAAAAAUACCUGAACUCCGUUCAGUAUAUAGAAGAGCUGCAGAAGUUUGUCGAAGAUGAUAAUUACAAGCUUUCAUUAAAGAUAGAACCAGGGACAAGCACACCUCGUUCUGCUGCUUCCAGGGAAGAUUUAGUAGGUCCUGAAGUAGGAGCAUCUCCACAAAGUGGAAGAAAAAGCAUGGCAGCCGAAGGAGCCCUGCUACCACAGACACCGCCAUCCCCCAGGAACCUGAUUCCGCAUGGACAUAGGAAGUGCCAUAGCUUGGGUUAUAAUUUCAUUCAUAAAAUGAACACAGCAGAGUUUAAGAGUGCAACGUUCCCGAACGCGGGGCCAAGACACCUGCUAGAUGACAGCGUCAUGGAGCCCCAUGCGCCGUCUCGAGGCCAAGCUGAAAGCUCUACUCUUUCUAGUGGAAUCUCAAUAGGUAGCAGUGAUGGCUCUGAACUAAGUGAAGAAACCUCAUGGCCUGCUUUUGAAAGGAACAGAUUAUACCAUUCUCUCGGCCCGGUGACAAGAGUGGCACGAAAUGGCUAUCGAAGCCACGUGAAGGCCAGCAGUUCUGCAGAAUCAGAAGAUUUGGCAGUACAUUUAUAUCCAGGAGCUGUCACUAUUCAAGGAGUUCUCAGGAGGAAAACUUUGUUAAAAGAAGGCAAAAAGCCUACAGUAGCAUCUUGGACAAAGUAUUGGGCAGCUUUGUGUGGGACACAGCUUUUCUACUAUGCUGCCAAGUCUCUAAAGGCUACAGAAAGGAAACAUUUCAAAUCAACAUCAAAUAAGAACGUAUCUGUAGUAGGAUGGAUGGUGAUGAUGGCUGAUGACCCGGAACAUCCAGAUCUCUUCUUGUUGACUGACUCUGAGAAAGGAAAUUCAUACAAGUUUCAAGCUGGCAAUAGGAUGAAUGCAAUGCUGUGGUUUAAGCAUCUGAGUGCAGCCUGCCAAAGUAACAAACAACAGGUUCCUACAAACUUGAUGACUUUUGAGUAAAAGCCUGAGAAAGAACAAGGCCAACCGUUACCCUGAGUGAAAGUGAGGCCCUGACUGUAGAGCGCCAGCUGUAAACCAGUCCAGUGCCAGGAGGAGCCGGAGGUUCCGUCUCAGCCUCUCGCGUUCUGAACCAAAAAAGCACUAAUUUCAGGGAAUGAAGUGAGAUAUUCCCAGAGAACAAAUUGGAGUUGCAAAACAAACUGCCAUGGACCAUGCUUCUUAUCUCUGAACUGACCUGUGGAAACCACUGCCUUAAAAGAAUGAAAGGAAAACCAACAUGAAACACCAAAUAGUGUGUGUGAAUCUUCUGGCGGUGCUGUGCUUGGAAUAGAUCGUAGCUCAUUUGCAUUUCUUUUAACUUUGUACUAAUUUUGGAGGGGGGAAUCGCCUUUUUUAAACACACUUUAGAAGGAAAAACAUACUUCUUAUGGGUUACAUCAGGAGCUGGUUUUGAACUGAGGUGGAAAGUUAACUCCAACUGAAUAGGGUUCUACCAGCAGCCUCCUCGGGAGGCCUGUGGGAGCCUCCACGAGCCUGCAGCCUCACUCCCUUUCUCACAGCAAGAGUGUAGGAAUUAGAAGCGUUAAUAAUGUGAGUUGUUGGGGUUUGUUUGGGAUUUGGGGAGGGGGGGUGUAUUUUGUUUUGAAUAGGGGGAGAUUUUUUUUAAACACUAAACUUCUGAAAUUUAGUACUGUAUGAGGAACAUUAUUUCCUGCAUUAGGUAUAAAGGUUGAAUGUUCAUAUGCCAGACUUUUUUUUCAGGUGGGCUCCAGAAAACAUGGUUGUUUUUAACUGAGUUUAAAGCUUAGCCUUCUACAUGAAUUUGUUGUUGGACCACAGAUCUGCUUCGUAGAGAACUGUAAUCCCAACCUGAACUUUUCUAAGAAGAUUUUACAAUAACUAACUACAUUUUCAAGUUAGUCAGAUUGUCUCAUCUGCCACUCACGGGUGAUGCUUGUCAUCAAGGGUGGUGUGUUGCUAUUUUGUCAAAAUAUUUUCUUUUACAGUGUUUAAUGUGCACAAUGCCAGGUUUUUUUUUAUUAUUAUUGAUUUUCAUUAUUUUUUGUUCAACAUGAGAUUCAGGAUCACAUUUGUUUAAAAGAGAUCCUACAUAUGUUUGUAUGCAUGUACGUAUUUUAUUAUAAGGCAUACAGAAUAAAUUUCAAAGGGAGAAAGGUCAAAGAUUGAGAUCCUGGAAAUUUUAAGUAUCAAAACUAAAUGUGUUCCUUCUUGCACAACUUUCCUUUAUUACAAACAUUUUUCUGAAAACUGUAGGUCCUACCAUGAAACCAUAUUUUGUCAGUAGUUGAUCAAGCAGUUUUGUGAGAGCUCUUCUAUGCAAUAAUGCAUUUAACUUCCAAAAUAAAUGUGGAGUUAAAAACAAAAUUUGAAGGUGAAAUGCCUUAGAAUUUGAACAAAAAAAAUGGCACUUGAACAAAGAUUCUGUAUUGGAUGUUAUAAACUCAGGAGGCAUCCAUCGUGAAUGUUGGCCAUGGCCCAGAGUAAGAAAUGUUUUUUUGACUGACAACUUCUGGUAGACUUCUGUUACCAGUGGGCCUCAUGUAAAAUUUCUCAGAUUUGUAUCCUUAGAGAAUUUUAUACUUUUUUUGUCAUAUGUAUUUUACCCAUGAGUCCAUGAAACUUAAAUAGAAAAUACUGCUUAUUAGAAUAGUUAGCUAAAAAUCUGUCUAUUGGGAAGUAGAAGAGCUUUCUCUCAGUGCUAAGUGUUUUAAUUUAGUUUUCUGUUUGGAAAGGAUUUAAAGAGUUCAUAUAUUUUUCUCACGUAGCACAGUUAGAAAUACCGUUAUUCCUGGUUUUGUGGGAAGUGACAUGAGCUGGCGAGGGCAGCGUGAGCCUGUGCCAGUGACUCGGGCUGCGGGCCUCCCAGCCCGGCCCGCGCUCUAGGGCGCCCCCUGCGCAGCCAGCCUAGCAGUGUUUCUCCGUACACCUUGCACAGCUGACUUUUGUUUCGCAUUUUUUUUUAAUUUUCUUAAUUUGUUUAUUUCUCUUCAGAAAUAAGUGUUUUUUUUUAACAGUGUAUGUGCUUUUUUAAAAAUAUUGUGGAUAAGAACCCUGUGGAUUUUUUAUUAUUUUGUCUGUUUGUCAUAAAUAAGCUACCGUAGAUAAGUUGCAGGCUAACGGUGUCCGUGGAGAUGCGCAGCUAGACGUCAGAGCCUGACAGCACAGUUUGCCAAAGAGAGAGCUCAGCUGGGAGAUGUGUUUGAUGUUUCCAGCGCUAAACGUGAGGAUGCUUGCACAGAGUGAGACUGGUGUUCAGGUUCGGUGAAUAGUCCGUAUGUGGAUUGUGGCCUCUGACUGACUGAAACUCUUGCCCGUGCACCAGAAGUCACCAUUGUUUUUCUGUCUUCAGAUUUGUCCCUUCAAAAAUUGCUCAUUGCUUUUGAAGAUUACUUUAGCAUUUGAAGCGAAGAGACCAGUGAGAGAAGUGAAUUGAAAUUGUGGAUUUUACUCAUGGUGAUCUAUCAUUCACCAAAUGAUACCUAAUAAUAAUUCAAGCAAAAAUAAAUGGUACCAAAAUAUAUUAACUAUUUAAGUAGUUUAUUCGUGGGAAAGUGAAAUUUUUCUCCUCUUAUUAGGCCUACCCCUUAAAAAAUUAGUAAAUUAGUAACUCAAAAGCUUGAAACUUCUGUCAUUACUAAGCUCAUUUAUUUCUCCGAGUGAAAAAGAACUCAUUGGACAUUCCAUUAUAAUUUAAGUUUAAGCUGGUUUUUGAUGAGCAUAAUGGUUGUGUUACCAGCCUAGUGUAGCAGUAGAUUACCAGCCCAAACACAGUUUGAGGCACGUCUCAUUUAAUAGUUGAUUUGAACAUGAAAACUUAUUUUUCACGCAGAAGUAACUUGACAGGUUUUAAAAUAUAACUAUAUAACGACCUUCAGGAGCACUGUUUUUGGUUUUCUGCCCCCUCUGUGUUUGAACUCUGCUUAUUUUUUUCAGAGGCAUCUUUUUUACUGUUACCUUCAAACUGUUGAGAAUUUUUAAAACUGAUCAUACGCACCUUCCUAUUACAUUUUCUUCACUGUGUAUAUAUUAUUUGUGUAAACAUUACAGAAAGGGAUCCAACAAUUCGAGUUUGAGUAUUUGUUUCUCCCCAGGCAUGUGCUUCAGUGACAGAUGUUCUCCUGUGUGGAAAAGGCCACGAGACUGGCACUGCCUUCUGUGUGGACUGUCUUGGUACUGAGUCUGUCUGUAGGUCAAGAACUAGGGUGUUUGUAGCUGCAAAGUUAUACUAAUGGCUUUACUCCUCUCCUAGAAGAUUUAUAAAGCUGCCCAAGGUGCACUGUUAUAGAAGGAAAAAAUGUUUACAGUCUGCAGUGUAUACACUCUAUAUAUUAGUUGAAACCAGGGCCCUCUGAGAGCAGCCUGACCUGUUGCUCUCUUGGGGUUACUAGAAUUUACCUGGCCAAAUAAUUUGAGCAGAAGUCUUUUUUUUUUUUUUUUAAGGUUAAAUCUGUAAGCUAUAUAUGCCUUUACUACUGAAAACAAAACUAUAGGACAUCAUAUUAAUUAGAAAUCAAUAAUAGUAGAUUUAAUCCAUUAACUUUUUAAAAGAAUAUAUCCACCACUGAUUUCCUUCCUGUUUUUUGAGGCACAUUUCUGUACAGUGAGUUUUUAAACCACCAUUUUAUCUUUUGCAAAACAAGGGGUACCAGUGUUGCUUAACAGAAGAUAAUCUUCAAUUUUAAAAAAUCCUCUGCUUCAAAGCCUGUUGACAUAGUUGGAUCCCUUCUUGAAAAUGAAGAUGAAUUCGACGGUGUCCCAGUGGAACAGAUGGUACUGUUACUGCAUGACUAGGUGAUGCCAGGCAGGUGGUGAGGCUUGUCUGACCUCUUCAGUGACCUUUUAGGGUUUGCUUUCAUUUUCUCUCCUCUUUUGUAGUAUUUCUUUCAAACAUAGUAAAUGUAUGAUUUUACAGCUGGAGUGGUAUUCUGGUUUUUUUCUAACAUUGUUAUUUAAUCACCUUGAUGAUAAUUAUUUUCCCAUGUGAAGUCAACCUUUUCAAAAUGAUUUAAGUAUUUUUGGUUUUGCUCCCUUAAAAAUGGCUUGUGUCUAAAGAUGACUAUUUUUUUUUUCUGUUUAGAGGAUUCUAAUGAAAGAGAUCUGUGCAUUCAAACUAUUGGGCUUUUUGAAAGUAGUUUCAUUACAUCAGUAUCUCAAGUAGUGUGGGGAAAAUUUGGUUAGUGCCUUAUCGAUUUGAAGACCAAUUUUAGGGCAUUGAGCACAACAGUCAUUUGCCCUCUUACUCCUCCUGUUUCAGGAGUGUGUGCUAUCCCUCUCGCCACCAGCUUAGCCUUUCUCACAGCAAGUCUGAGAACAUGUGUACAGAUAACUCUAGGUCGUUGUUGCAGAUCAGCUUGGUUUUGAGUCUUUUUAGGCAAGCUCUGUCCCUGCUCCUCUCCUUCCAGGAUAGAUUAAAAAUAAACCCACCCAAAUCGGCUUUCAGAUGAGCAUUCAUCAGAACAACUUUGAAGAGCAUCCAUCCAGCUGAGUUUAUUUUUAUUUUGUGUUACUGAAAUUGUUUUGAACAUAGAUUUAAUUAUAAAUCCAUUUUAGAAAAUCCCUGAAAGAAUAUGAUACAGCCAGAAAUAUUUGUUUGGGUUUUAUUAAUGCUACUGAAAUCCUGAAAUGAGCAUCCCCUUUGGCCAGAAAUGAGAUUUAGUUCGGUUCAUUUUUGUAUUUAAAUAAGACUCAGAACAAACAAGCAGUCACUUAGCCUACCCGUUAUUGUUUACUUAAAAAUAUUACAGCAGGAAAGUGAAAACAACUCUAAAAUACAAAGUAAAGAGAAGUUAAGGGACUAAGCUAGCUUUCUCAGUAAAAACACAGCUUGGAUGUGUUUCGCUUCUCCGAGAUUGCUGCAGGCUCCGGAGCUAGUGUCGUUCAGCUGAGCCAGGACACUGUUUUCACAUUUUUUAAAGGGCUAGUAUGUUCCAGAAUAAGCAAGUAGAUGUAGUCUUUAAAGACAAAUAAAGGGUUACCUGGUCCUUGAGGGUUAUUAGUAGAAUUUAAAUUUUUAUUCUAGUCAUUUGGACUGCAAAGUAGUGAUGAGAUUAAAGGAACACAUAGAGUCCUUUGGGAUUGAACUUUUUUUAAUAGACAAGCAGAAAAUGUCAUAAUUAGCUGUGCUUUAGAUACCAGGUAACAAAUCUUCAUUUUCCCCUGAAGGUAUCACCUAUUAACAACUGUUCGCAGAGACAGUCCAAUAAUCAUUGACUUACUAGGUCUGACAGAGUAGCUGAUAAGAAGUCACCAGACUCUUGAGGGUUUCUACACCUUGACGCAUCCAUUGUCUUACUGCCGACUGGAAUGUGUAUGUGUGGGGAGGGGGGCGGGGAACUCCUUCACAGCGUAAUCUAAAGGAGAUGAAAAGCAUCUGUGGGGGUAAAUACCCAGUGAUGACGAUAUACAGGAAAACGCAAGCCAUUUUUACUCUCCUUUAUCCCGGUUAACCUGAGGUACUAAGGAUGCAACACUCGUUUUGCACUAUGACCUCCUGGAGUGAUGUGCAGCUCGAUUCCUCUCUCACUUUUUGUUUCUGUUUAAUACGCAAAUGUGAGUGUGAGAUCUUCAGUGUGUUUGCAUAAGCUAACUUAAAAUGAAUUUAAGUACAGUUUUCUGAAAUAUUUCUAUUGGAAUAAAUUACUUAAAAACAUAGGUUGUCUGGGGAUAAUUUGUUUUCAUAUUUACACUUUUAUCAUUAACUUUUAAAUAAAUUCUCCAACUUGAUUUUUUUUUCCCCUUUCUAAACUAGUCGACAGGGUUUCUGUUGGUACAGGGAAGCUUCUGUCUGCAUGAACUUCAGCUGCUCUUCUCUGUGCCAGAACAAAGAUGUGCCCAGCCUGCUGACAGGUGGGACCGUGGGGAAUGGAGGUCAAGGGUAUUAUUUCCAACCGUAUCUCCCACUCCGAGUAUAUGACAUGAUGUGACCAUUCCCCAGAGGCCCUUUUUGCUAAUGCUGUAUUUUAUGGAGUCUAAAACAUGAUGCUUUUUCACAUCUUAUCAUUUCUGAGAACAGAAUCCAUCUUCCAGCCUAUGGAGCCUUAACUCAGAAGAACAGAGAAAGACCUGUAUUGAGUCUCCUGUACGUCGUGGGCUAGGGUGCUGGUUUUGCCCUAAGAAGCUUGAGAAACCUCCAGACAGGGUUGAAUGCCCAGUGUCUGGACAGACCAUAACUCAAUUUUCAACAAUUUUCUCUGCUUUUUGGUAGCCUCUGAAAUUUUUCACUGUCCCUGUACUGAAAGCAAAAGAGAGUGACCGUUCUCUGAUGGAGUCAGCCUGUGUUUACCUCGCACGGCACCCUCUUUGUCUCACAUCCGUUCUCAUGAAUGCGUGCUGAGUUUCUGAGUUGCCCUUUCUGCUUCCUUGGUCGUUUGUCCCUGAGCCAGCACCAUGUUGUCUUCAUUGCUGUAUGGCUGUGCGAGUCUUGACGUCUGGUGAGGUAGUUACAUCAUUCCUCAAAUUUGCCUUUGCUGUCCUUCACUCUUUCAUCCUCCCUAUGAAUUCUAGGAUCAGUGUGUCAAGUCCAGUGAAAACCCUGUUGGUAUUUUUAUUGGAAUGUCUUUGACUUUAUAGAUUAAUAUGAGAAUAACAGUUUGAAAAGUUUAUUUCAUCUCUGAGCACGAACUAUCUCUCCAUUUAUUUAGGGUUUCCAAUGUCUCUCAAUAAUGUUUUGCAGUUUUCUCCCUACUGGUUCCGUCCAUCUUUUGUUGGUUUAUUCCUAGGGAAACUAGUUUUAGUUUCUACCGUGAAUUACUUGUGUAUAGGAGUGCUGUUGGUUUUUGUGAAUACUUGACAUCCUGCAGUCUUACUGAAACCCCUCAUCUAGUUCUGAUGGUUUGUCCAGUAUGAUUCUGUUGUCAUAUUAGCUGCAAAUAAGGUGAUUGAUUGGGAGAAAAUAUUUGGAGUUAAUAAAACAAAGGAUUCAUGUCAAGAAUAUACAAGGAAUUUUUGCAAAUUAAUGCAAAAAUUUAUUCCAUAGAAGAAUGUGCUAAAGGAUAUGAGUAGACAGUUUACAGAAGGAAGCCUAUGUGGGUAAUUUAUGAAAAGGUGCACAAUCUCCCUAGUAGAGAAAUCAUCAGAGAGCUGUCCCAUUGUAUCUGUCAAACUGGUGAGGCCGUGCCAGAGACCCUCUGGGCAACAUUAGGGAAAUCGGGUUUGUGCAGAGAGCAAAAGAAUUAAGAAUUCCAACACAGGAUCACUCACUAGCUGCCUGAUCCUGAGCAGGUGACUUUACCUUCUUUCUCAAGUUCCUCAUCUUUAAAAUGUACACGAAGACAAGCCCACCUCCCAGAGUGGUGAGGCUAAACUUAGCUCAUGCAGAGCGGGGCCAGCGCUGGGAAGGGCCGUCGUGGUGAGUUGGUGGUUGUUACCCUGUAGCCUGCCAGCUCGGCUCUUGGAGUCAGGUACGAGGAGUGGGGUUAGAGGUGGAGGGGAAAUUUUAAAUAAUACAAGAGAGGUGUCUGUGCAUAGUUAAGUCACAGUGAACUGAGAAAUGUCUUCUUGUACACCAAGUAAAGAAAUAAGCCAGGUAUAGUCAUCACAGACAACCGGCAAGUCGAGAAAAACGUGGAGAAAAGCCUCUUAAAAAAGAACCCCCGUUUAUUAUUGUUGAUUAUUAAGACCAGCAUUUCACCCACCUGGUGCUACUUUAUGACGAUGACUUCUGAACACCACCCCAAACCGCCUAAGUCAGAAUAUGAGGACAAUGCCUGGUGCAGGCUAAAAUUUGAAUUCCAUUUGGGCUGAUUUGCUCACAGCCCAAGCUCAACUAAAAGUAACAAUUACUGAAUUUAUUGUGCUGUUGCCUAGCUGUCAAAGCCAACUUGUUCAUCCAGUUUAGGUUCAGAACCUGUUAGCAUCUAUAUGAAGCCGUCGUGGAAGAAAAAACAAAAAAAAAAAAACUAUUUUAUUGCCAGAAA